AUGGUAGUUAGGGGCAGGAUAGGGGAUCCCGGCCGUGAGGGGAUCCCGGCCGUGAGAGGAUCCCGCCCGCACUUCCCGCGCUGCGACCGUGACGCCUCCGGCCUCGACCUCCCGCGCACGGCCCAGGGAGCUGCUCACGCACGGUGCCCCCCCGGCCUCCCGGCAUUGGCGCGGCCCGAGCAGACCCGCCCCGCUGCGGGCCGCGCCACUGCGCACCAGCCGCGGGGGGAAGCCGGCGCUGCGCUUCCCGCUCUCACCGCCGCCAUCUGUCCCGGCCCUGAGGCAGCGCGGGCGCGGAUCGUGCGACCUUCAGCCCUCCAUGCCGGCCCGGAGCCGCACAACAUCCGCCGGCGCUAUGGCUGCCUUGGCACGAACCCUGCGUGGGUGAGGGCGGUGCCAGCACCUGCGGGAUGUCAGCGGGGCCGGAUGUUCCCGGCCACUGCCGCGCCCUCAGAUCCGCCAAGUGCCAGGCGCCAGCCGUGUCCGAGCGGGCAGCGCUCCGCCGCCGAGAUCGACACGGUGACCGCCUCGCCCCGGCCUCCGCCCGCCACAGGCGGGGCCCUCGAGCAGCGCUAAGGGGAGUUCCAACAAAGAGUGCUCCCCCAGGCCCAGCAGCUGUCAGGUCAAUUUUACUGUGUAACUGUUGAGAAGAAAUGAAACACAGGAGGAAUUUUGAGAAGUCAGAAAAGAUGAUACAGAAGAAAGAACCAUUUCAACUUCUUCAUCUUUUAUUUAAUGCAUUUAAAAACAUGAUGACAAAAUACCUGUCUCUGAGCCAGGGA